AUGUCAGAAAAAAAGACCGACGAGAUCCUAACGGUUAACUUGGUGGAGUCUCCAGAGGACUCUGCCACCCACGAUCCAUCGCCCUCGGUGUAUGAGUUCGGUCCGCAAAGGCAUACAUGGAGAGGGAAGCUCUGGGACUCUUUGGACUACGGAAAAGAGGAGAGAUGGCUGUUGUUCAAAUUGGACUCAACCCUGUUGUUUUUGGGCGCUGCUGGAGUCUUUCUGAGAUAUCUUGACCAGAAUAACAUCACCAAUGCUUUCGUCUCUGGUAUGAAAGAGGAAUUGAACAUGUUUGGCAACGAACUCAAUUAUGCUAAUGCGUGCUGGUCUGUGGGCUACAUUAUUGGACAACUGGUUUGCUCAGUGAUUUUGACUAAACUCAAGGCACAUUAUGUGCUUGGUUUUAUUGAGGUGGCAUGGGCGAUCAUCACCUUUGCGACCUCCGCAGUCAAGACCUACAGAGGGUUGUAUGUGGCUCGGUUCUUUCUUGGAUUGAUCGAAGCCGGCCAUUUCCCGGGAAUCAUGUAUAUCACCGCCUCGUGGUAUAAAAAGAGUGAGCUGACAAAGAGAUCUGCAAUCAUUCAGUUUUGUACUGGUGUUGGUCCAAUGUUCAGUGGAUACCUUCAAGCUGCCGCAUAUGACGGUUUGGACGGAGUAAGCGGCCGGUCUGGAUGGAGAUGGCUCUUUAUCGUCGACGGGAUUAUCUCAUUGCCACUGGCACUUCUCACAGUGGUGGGUCUUCCAGAUGUCCCAAGACAACAAUCUGCAAACUGGAUCUUCUCUCAGAGAGAAGUGGAUCUGGCCAAAACACGUAUCCCCCAUGAAGUCAACGUUAAGGUAACUUACACCAAGAAAGAUUUCUUUCGCUGGUUCAGCACAUGGCACAUUUACGGAUUUGGAAUAUUGUUCACUCUCAUGGGAUUGGCCGGCCAGGCAUCCAGUUCGUUGCCUUACUGGUUCAAGUCCUAUAAGGGUGAGUUCACGGUUUCCCAGAUCAAUAUCUACCCAACUCCAAUGUAUGCAAUUCAGGUUGUAUCCACAGUGAUAUACGCUUACCUCUCAGACAACUGGUUAAAUGGUCGUCGUUGGCUGAUCAUUGUUUGGGUAGCCUUAGUAUCGUUCCCAGUGAACCUUGCAUUGGCGCUGCUUCCUGUUCACCCAGCUAAUCGUGCAGGUAGAUGGGCUUUAUACUACCUCUGUGGCUUGACUCCAGGAGCAGCAGCUCAGAUCUGGAGUUGGGUCAACGAACUGCUUGCGGGAGACCCACUCAAACGCGCUUUCGUUUCAACCUUCAUGAACGCCCUUAGUUACUCGUUCCAGGCAUGGUUCCCGAUUGUGUUGUAUCCUACGCAGGAUCAACCCUACGUCAAAAAUGGUCUGCUCGCCUCGACAGUUUUUGCUGCUGUUUUUGGAUUUGUAGCUGUCGCAAUGGCUUACAUUGUCCACCUGCAACAUCCAAGCGGUUUCUUCCAGAUCACCAAUAUUGCGGACGGUGUGGAGCACUAUGGCGACGAAGACGAAGAGAAGGCUCUUUAG